CUUUCCGCAAGCACUUGGUGUUUACGACGAGAUACAUAAUAGCACCCUAUAUUACGGACGCAGCAUUCCCAUUUUGCAAUCAAAUGGAACGGGAAAAUCACGCCUGGUAGCAGAAGUGUUGAAAAACACACCUGGCUUCAGUAUUUGCUUCCGCGACUCGAGCAAUCCAGAGGCCGGCUGGCCUCCGUGAGAUGAGGCCAUGUGUCAAUUCGUAAAAUCAGUCGAGUAUUUAGUAUAUUUGAUUAAUAGAGGCCAAGGCAAUGAUCCCGUUAGGAUGGCCGCUGCCCUUAUCGGGGCACUUUUUAAACAGGUCUACGAACGCCUUGGUCGUAAUCCAAAUGACGAUCUUGAGACGCAAAUGUGUGCCUGGUCAUAUAAAUCUGUGUCGCGUGGGGUAUUGUUUGAGUCAGUUUUCGAGGCAACUAAUCGGUCUCUUGCAAAUGAGAUCGAUAAAUGGCAUAAGGAGCUGUGCCGACACUUUUGCUUGAAAGCGACGAAGAAUCUGGCGAUUGAUCUUCAGCGUCUCGGGCACGACAAGUUCAUCGCUGCAUUUGACGAGUGUACAAACAUUAUAUCUCGGAGUUCAACGCUCAAACUUGCCGUCGGGACUGGAUCGAAGUUCCUAUCUCUCGCUUAUAUGAUGUCGAUAUUAGCACUUCAACGAAUGAUUAAGGCCCAAGAUGAAUUUCCCAUCGAAGGACUUAACUUUUCCUCGAUACGGGUCCCACGAUUGCCGACUUUUUUCGUCCAUGUCACGAAGCAUCAUUAACCCGACACACUGAUCUCACGACGCUCCCGCCUUGGCCAUAUUUGUAACUGUACACUCGCCAGUAAGGACUCCCAGAGAGGCAUUGUCGUUUAGCUAUUUAAAGAAUUACGGCCGCCCAUUCUGCUCCACGUAUGCUGCAACUAAUUUCCU